AUGACGAUUCCUGUUUUGUUUCCAGACGGCCACGCAGAAGUUCUAUUUCUCGAGUUUAAAACCGUUGACGUAGCCCCCUCUAAUGGUACGGCUUCAGCUGAUCCAAUGGAUCACUUGGAAGUUCGAUUUUCCUCUUUGAACUUGCUUUGCAAGGAUAACAAGCGUCCUCGUCAUUCUAAAAAAGGUGGUGACAGAGUGAAUAAAUAUUGGAAUAAGCAGACAAAAAGAGCCACUAAACGCCGUCAUGUUACCAAAGCACAGAGGGAUAUUAAAUUAGAGGAUGCUCGUCAAAGAGUUAGAUUUCAGAGAGAGAAAAGGACCCGUGAUGGAUAUGAAACAGAUUGCGAAGUUAUUUAUCUUAGUGAUGAUGAUGAAGAUGAAAAUCAAGAACAAGAGAAUCCUGAUACAAAUUUAGAAGAAGGCUCAAACAGCAGAACUCUUGUCAGAGUAACCAAGUUAACAAAAAUAACAGAUGUCUUAUUAGGUCCCGCACAUGCCGCAAUUGAAGAUAUUGACAAUUUAAUCAAGUCUUUCCCUUAUAUAUUCAGAGAUAUUCCUCUUGCAUCCCUUGGAAAGAAUGAUAUUACUUAUGAAGGAAAAGUUCUUAAAAAAGGUACCAAGAAAGUUAGACGGGUAUGUGAUAUGUUGUGCUCCAAAAUAAACGCUCCAUCUUUAUCAAUUGCCUCAAAAAAUUUAGGACAUAGUGGCCAAGGAGCACAAAAAACAACAAUUGAGAAAGAAAUAAACCAAUUGGUGAACGACCACCAGUUCAUUGAGCUUUGGGGGAUGCAAGAGGCGAAAAUAAAAAAUGACUUCGAUCCUGAAGACGUUGAUAUCUGGAAAAAUAAUACCCCCAUGCAUUUUAAAAAAUAUAGGCAUGGGGAUUUAACUGGUUUUACGGUGUCUGACACAUUGGCAGAUGCUCAAAUAGCUGCCUUGGAUGACGAAGGCAGAAUUUCUGUUAUUCGUCAUUCAUCACUUCCCUUUAUGAUUUUUAAUCUUUACUUCAAAGUAAAUGAUUAUCGUCAUCAAAUAGGGAGUGCAAAAAAAUUAAGAGAUGCUUUAGUUGCUGCUAAACAAACAGGUUUUCCAACUAUAGCUUUAGGAGAUUUUAAUUCGGUGGUAGAUUACAAAAGAGAUACAAUUACAAAAAUAAAAAAUCCAACCGAAUACCAAUUUAAGCCCGGAGAAAGAGAUCUUAUGAAGUUCUUGAAUACGAUUUUUAAGCUGCUCGGCCUUCUAGAUUUGUUUCGUCAUGAAAACCCCGAUGUCAACCAACCGACAAAUUUCCCUUACAAAGCCGGAGAUAGAAAAAAAAGACUUGACAGGAUAUAUGUUCAUCGUUUUUUACUCGAUAACUACAUGUAUAAAUUGUUCAAGGAGAAUAGGCGUAUUUCAACCCACGACGUCAUUCUGCUCAUCCAUAAGGAUGAUAAAAAAUACUUAGCUCACGAAAAAGUUGAAUUAGAAAAACAAAACAUAAAAAUAGAAAAAAUAAGAGAAUACGAGAAAAAAAAUAUAAAAAUACAAUAUAAAUAA